GACACGUCAACUUCCGAACACACAACGGCUACUUAUUUUUGGGCUUACGUAUAACUAAAUCACUGACUAUUUCACACGGGCGGGAUGAUUCCGGAUGGGUUGCGAGAUUACCAAAAAAGGGAGUUUGAGCGUUUUCAAUAUCUGGUGUGCUUUUUUUUCCUUUACCUCUUUAUCACUACUACUUUGCCAUAUAAAGUCCAUACUAUUAUUCCCCUUUCUUCCUCUUUCCAUUUUAAUUCUUACUUUACCCAUUCUAUCCUAAUCAAUCCUGAGAAGGAAUACAGGAUGGGAUUUGUUCAUCUAUUCUUUCGUUCUUAAUCACUCACCCAAUCAAUCAAUACCUACUUACCUACCUAACUAGUAUCCGAUAGUCAAGAUCAUCAUCAAAUCUAACCAAGUCGCAUGAUUGUAAAAAAUGAUGUAUCGUCAAGUAGAUACUACGUACGGAGUAGCUA